UUUUUUUCUCUCCCUCUUUGCCUUGUCUUUCAAAGUGUGCAUUUGCUUUGAGAACCCGAAUCAAUUUCUAUCUUGUGACUGCGUUCCUGCAUACGGUGUUCUAUCCAGUACAACUCCACAGUUAACAACUUGACAUUACGUACAACCCCCAAGAAAAAAUGCAGCAUCGCUGUGUGAUCAUCGUGGGAGCAGGUCCUUCUGGCCUCUCUGUGGCGGCAUGCUUAACACGACGAUCUAUUCCCUUCAUAGUCCUCGAAAGAGACGACUGUUUCGCUUCUCUAUGGUUCAAGUAUUCCUACGAUCGCCUUCACCUUCACCUCAGAAAGCAAUUCUGUGAGCUUCCUCACAUGUCGUUCCCACCCUCUUAUCCUCAGUACGUACCCAAGAAGCAGUUCCUACAGUACCUCAACGACUACGUGUCACACUUCAGAAUCAGUCCUCUCUACGGCAGAACUGUGGAGAGAGCGAAGUACGACGAGGGUGGCCAGAAAUGGAGGGUGCAAGCUAGGAAUGGGGAUUCCGGUGAGGUUGAGGAAUAUUCCGGGAGGUUUCUGGUGGUGGCCACUGGAGAAAACAGCGAGCCUUUCGUGCCGGAGGUGGAGGGGUUAGGUGGGUUCAAAGGGAGAGUGAUCCAUUCAACUGGGUUCAAGUCAGGGAAGGAAUUCAAAGACGAGCAUGUUCUGGUGGUUGGAUCCGGUAAUUCAGGCGUGGAAAUCGCAUUGGACCUGGCCAACCAUGGAGCCAAAGCUUCCAUCCUGAUUCGAAGCUCGAUACAUUUGCUAUCAAGAGGGAUGACGAAUCUGGGAUUGAUGCUGCUGAAAUAUUUGCCUUUGAACAUAGUGGACUCACUGUUGGUGAUUCUCAGCAGAAUGGUUUAUGGGGAUGUUUCAAAAUUUAGGAUCAAGAGGCCUCAGGAAGGUCCUUUCUCCAUGAAGAUCAAGUAUGGCAAGUAUCCAGUUAUUGACGUUGGAACCUACGAGAAGAUCAAAUCUGGGGAGAUACAGGUGAUUCCAGAGGAAAUAGAAAGCGUGGAUGGCAACGACGUCGUAUUCAAAAAUGGCAGGUCGCAACCAUUUGACUCCAUCGUUUUCUGCACCGGCUUCAAAAGAUCAACGCACAAAUGGCUGAAGGGCAAUGAUUCUCUCUUGAAUGAUGAUGGGAUUCCAAAGCUUAAUUACCCUAAUCAUUGGAAGGGAAAGAAUGGCUUGUAUUGCGUUGGGCUAUCAAGGAGAGGCUUUUAUGGGGCUUCCGCAGAUGCCGAAAAUAUAUUAUCUCAAUUCUCAAUUGUGUAAUUGAGAAAACGAUGGCAUUAUGGAAUUAGAGUAUGAAUUAUUGGGUGGGGCACUGAAUAAGUUGUCUGCGAAAACUGGACUAUAAUAAAUGAAUUUAUUGUGUUA